AUAGAUUUUUCACACCAUUCAUAUUAUUGCAUGCGAUUCCCAUAUCCCAACAUAGAUCUUUUGCGUGUAAUUUUCCGAAUCCAAAUACGUAUCACUCACAUCGCCAAGUAGCCGCCACUGCCUUAUGCGUGUAUUCUAUUUUUGCCCGACACAGUGACAUACCCACAAGCGUACCACACGAGGCACGUACCCACACGCCACACCCAACCACCGCCACGCCGCCGUUUACUCGAUCGCCCUCCUCCCCAAACGUUGCGUUCCCAAUCACGAAGCUCUUCUCUCGAUUUGAUCUCUCUUCCCUGGCGUCUCCCUUCGACAACGAUUCGUAGAGUCUGGUAUUCGCUCUCGAAUUGUUCCGGAGAAGAGGAACCAUGGAGGACGCGAUCUGCGGGCAUUGCUAGAGAUUUCUCCUCCUCCUCCUCCUCCUCCUCUUUGUAUGGGAGAAGGGAAGGGAAGAAGACAUGGAGGUGGAUUGGUUUCGGACGCAACAGGGUUCAGGAGUCCGGCGAGGCCGGCGGAGGAAGAGGGCGUAUCGGGUCGGCGGUGGCAUGUUGCGGACACCCGGAUGCGGUUAUCUAAAGGGCCAAAGGAAUGAUUUUGGCGUAGAAUAUGGUUCUGAUUGCAGCAGUAGCUUUCGAAAAGAAGAAAGUUCUUCAGGCCAAGGCUCAUAUAAUACCAGUGUAAAACCAAGAGAGAGACCCAUGGAUAAAGAGAUACCAAGAGAAGCAGAAAUAAGGUGGUCGUCGCCUAGUGUAAUUGCAAAAUUAAUGGGUCUUGACGAACAGCCACCUGUACAAGUAGCCCAUAAACGAAAGAAGACAAUAAAUGGUUAUUUUCAAGAUAUACCAUCUACAGGCUUGCAAGAGAAGUACCUAACCAGGGAGGAAUGUUUGCCUCGGAUGAGCAUGGCUGAGCACCAAGAAUUUAAGGAUGUCUAUGAAGUCAUUCAAAGACCGAAAGUUGAGAGGGACAGGACAAAAACAGAUAGCAGUGCAUUGCCAAGUUUAAAACAACGCAAGCUUAAUGCAAGCAAACAAUGGAAAAGUGAUGUAAGCUUUCUUGGCCAAAAUUUAUUGGAUGCAGUGCAUCUUCCAAGUGACGAAUCACUUCGAAUUUCUGAAAAAUUUACCAGUGAGUUGGGGAACCAAGACUGCACUGAGCAUAAUUUUCUAAAUGUCUUCCAGGAACCCGAUUUCUUGUUCAGAAAGUAUUUCCAUGAUUCAAAGCGGCUUGCACCCUCUCAUUUAACAAGCAAGAAAACAAUUUUCAAAUCAUCAAAUGGUGCUAAGACAGAAAGUGGUGAAGUAUAUCGUUCAUUGAAGAAGAAGACGGACAGGUUUGUUCAUAUGCAAAAUGGUGUCUUUAGCUCUUUUCGGAUACCCAUUGCUGGUAAGGCUAGUCGAUUUCUCAAGGUUCAGAAUGAUUCUCUUUCACAUAAGUUAGCACGGUUUGCCAGCAACAAUUACCAGUGCAUCCAUCCUAAUCAUAUUGUUCCUUUGAAGCAUAACAUUGAUAAAUCCCGUGUAAGUGUUCAUUUAAGAACCCCUGAGAAUUUGAAGUUUUCUCACAUAAGACCAUCCGCUCAAACUGGGUUUCGAGAGGCCAACAUUGGAAGAAGGGAUUGGCUGAACUUUUCCCAUAACUCGGAAGCUUUUCAUUGCAAGAAUAAAGGUUCCAGAGAACUAGAUAGAGAGAUUACAGAACUGAGAGAGUCUGUAAGCAGCAGUAAGAUGAGCAUACCAGUUGUGGAGUAUAACAGAUUCUCCAGGGAAGACAGCUCUUGCAAUAUCUCUGACAUGAAGAGUUUCUGCAGCCCUGAAGGAUCAUCCAACCAUUUUAAUAACUGGAAUAGCAUAUGUUUUGCCUUAGCUCCUUCAACUGAAUUUAUAAGAAGUGAAGCUAGAAAAAACUUCUCUGGGAACUGGAAGAUGGCUGGUAACUCUAAGGAGACAGUAGACUGUGGUAAAUGCUCAAGUGUUUUGGCUGAAAUGCUUGCUUUAUCUGAUGUGGUAGGACAAAAUUCAGUGUCCAGUUCAUCGAAGGUUCAUAAUGUUUCAGUUGAGAAAUCAACUAGACCUGAUAUGCGAGCAUCAGGGGGUUCUCCUUUGAGUAUUAGCAAUAGUGACAGUUGGGAAGAUGGAUUCUUAACAAAUCUACCAAACCCUGCAUCUGUUCCCGCUUCAUCAACAACUUAUGGAAGUCAAAAUCUAAGUAGCAUGAAUCGAUUUUGUGAUGAACAUUUUUGUACACCUAAUGAUGUGCUGAAAUUGAGACCUAAAAAAUCCGAUCAGAGAGGAAGUUCUUCACUCGUAGGUUUUAAAAGCAGUAAUAACCAGCUUUACUCUAAUUUGAGCGGGAAGGAAAACAACCUGUCUUCACAGGAAAUUCACUUGAACCAAGACAGGACAAGGAAAGGUGUGCUUGCAAAAACGGCUGGUGAAGGAAAUUUUAAACCUCUUUCUAUUCCCAAUUAUAUGGAUGUGGAUAUGAUGAUGAUAAAUAAUGAGGAGCUACCUCAGUUGUCAAUGGCCAGUAAAGCUGUAAAGGAUCCUAAAGUGUCCAACAGUAAUCUGCUGAAGGAAACAUCAUUCAGUCAUCUUCAGGUAGAUCGUGAACAGCUCACUUCUGUAAGAAUUACAAAGGCUUUGCAACCAUGUGCUGUUUCUGAACUCGAGCUUCCAUUGAGAGUAAAUGGUUCAGGAUGUUCUGAAAGCCUAACUGGAGAUCUUGAGCUCCAUUCAAAAACUUUAACCUCCAAGCUAGGAGAUCAAUGUGCUGAGGCAUCAGAAGUUCUUACUUCAAGUAAUGACGAUGACAGAGAAGUGUGUGAAUUCUUUCAACAGGCUGGUCAUCUAGAAGAGGAAUUUAUGGAUGAAGAGGAGAGGGAGUACACCUACCUACUCGACAUACUUAUCUUUUCUGGUGUUCACAGUGCCAAGCAAGACAGUCUUCGUUAUGCAUGUUACUUACCAGAAUAUCCAGUGAACCCAAACUUAUUUGAAAAGCUCGAAAAGAAGUACGGUAAGCUGGUUGCAUGGUCACGGUCGGAAAGGAAGUUGAUGUUUGAUCUGUCAAACUCAAUCGUGGCUGAGAUCCUUGCUCCAUGUAUGGAUCUGCAUCCAUGGGUUAAUUCUACGGGAAGGAUCGGACCCAUGUGGGGUUCUGAGGGGCUUGUUGAGAAAACUUGGCAGAUGUUGGUGAAAAAACGUAUCGAGCUUGGUGCAGGUAACGCAGAAAAGAAAGUUCUGGAUACAAAAUGGUUUAAUUUAGGAGGCAACAUCGAUGAGAUAGGAAGGGAGAUUGAGAGGACGCUGAAGGAGGAACUCUUGGAAGAACUUGUUGAAGAGUUCAUCAUAGGUUAGGCUCCUCUGGCUGGAGGAAGCAUGUGCUUCUGUGAGGCUAUGCUUCAGCUUAACAUGUCAAUCGCCACCAAGCUUCAGCUGAUUUUUGAACCAUCGGCAAGUGCGACGGUUACUCCUAAGAGAUCAACAAUCAGAACCGAGGCAUUUAUAACUAGAGGGCUUUCAACAAUAUGCAGUAAGAACUCCAAUGACAAUGGUCUUUGAUUGGAUUGCCACAAAAUUUCGAUAUUAUGUCAGUGGUGAGUAAUGAGUAAUUUCGCUGGUCAUUUACUCUUUUGGUGAAAUCACAUUAAACUGGUCCAAAUCAUCAAAAGGCUGUGCCGAUGGUCAAGUAGACAUUCUUGUGGUCUUGGCUUUGAGUUUGUGCAUCUCAUACCAGAGCAAAGAAAUACAGAUAGGAACACUAGGAGUUUUGCAAUAUUUUAGCAGGAUAAUGAGGGUGAGUCAUUUGUUAGGUGGAAGUCAGCUACCUUGAGGCAAUAAAGUUUUUUUUGUUUUGUUUGAUUGUUGGGCUUGCAGCUCAGAAAUUAUUUCCUUUUUUCGGGGGGAUAUAGAACACGUUUGAAGGGUGUAUUUUCGUUUGUGGGGUAAUUUUGUCUGUGACUAUAUUGUUUUUGCACAUUACAAUAAAGGAUUUAGCAGUCAAUUUCCAGGAUUCA